AUGUCCAGCCCGAAAAGCCAGAAGAGUCCCAAGGCCCGGUCGUUAACCGGGUCACCUCAACCGGCCGAGGGUGAUGAGCAGGCACUAGAAACAGGUGGCACGCAGAUUCCUUUUAACGAGGACGGGGACGAGGACGAUGACGAAGGUGUUUCUAUUGGGGAUAACGAGACCUUCAUCUCCUCCACCGCCUCCCUCUCAGAGAGCAUUCUCGACUAUCGCAACAUUCACGGUCGGACAUUCCAGACGUCCAAGACAACCGAAUACUGGGGGCCCAAUGACGACAAACAGAAUGAGGGCCUGGAUAUAGCGCACCACUUCGUAACCAUGAUCAAGGGCGACAAACUGUUCGAGGCACCCAUUGGCACAAAUCCGUCCAAGAUUCUGGAUGUGGGUACGGGCACGGGCAUCUGGGCCAUAGAUGUAGCUGAUGCCUACCCGUCGGCCGAGGUCAUUGGCACCGACAUCAGCCCCAUCCAGCCCGCCUGGGUGCCACCGAAUUGCAAGUUCCACAUCGACGACGCGCAGCUUGAGUGGACCUACGCCCCGGAAACCUUUGAUUUUGUACACAUCCGCGGACUAUACGGCAGCAUCGGCGACUGGACUGAGCUGUACCGACAGGCACACAGGGUGCUGCUACCGGGCGGGUGGAUCGAGGACUGCGAGUUCAAUAUCACGCUAUACAGCGACGUCCCCGCGGUGAAGAACGACCCAGAUCACAUCUUCAAGCAGUGGGCCAAGGUGUUCUUCGAGGCGACGGACCGCAUGGGCAAGACGGCGCGCAUCGGCUUGGAAGGAACCAUGCGUAAACAUAUGGAGGAGGCUGGCUUCGUGGAUAUUCACGAGAAAAAUAACCAGGUACCCAUCGGCGGGUGGAGCAGUGACCCUAAGCUAAAGCAGAUCGGCUUAUACAACCUUGCCUUCCUGGACGAGAGUUUAGAGGGCUUUGCGCUGUUCAUGCUGAAGGAGAUCAUGGCGUGGGAAUAUGUUGAGAUCCAGCUAUUCGUAGCGAGGAUGCGGAAAGCCAUGCGGAAUUCCAAGAUCAGGCCAUACUAUAUUGUGCCCAACGUCUAUGCCAGGAAACCGGACGCGGCGUCCUAA